CAGCGGAACCGGGCACCAAAGCCCGGGAGGUCAGAAAUUCGUGCCGCAGGCGGCACCAAUAGCUAGGGUAGGGGUCGGGAAGGGGUGAAGAUCAAGUCAGCAAAAGCAACGCGCAGCCGGAGCACGAUCCAAGAGUUGGUCAGGGUCGCAGGUCUGGGGAGGAAGCCGGGCGUGAUGGCACACGCCUGUAAUCCCACCACUCAGGAGGUGGAGUCUGGAGGACUGCUGGGAAUUAAAAGCCAGCCUGUGCUACCUAGGGAGUACCAGGACAGCCAGGGCUACGUAGCAAGACCCUAUCUCAAAACAAAAUAGAUUCCUCGCCUCAAAAAAGUGGCGAGGAAGAAGAAGUCGUUCCGGGGACAGAAGUUGUAGGACUUAAGAGAGGACACUCGAGAACUCUUCGCAACGCUGUCAUUUUUGUGCCUAGGGAAGCGGUCCUGCACCAUGUCUCAGCCGCCACUUCGAGGUGUGACCAGUCUCCAUUUCAACCAAGACCAAAGUUGCUUUUGCUGUGCCAUGGAGACAGGUGUACGUAUCUAUAAUGUGGAGCCACUGAUGGAGAAGGGGCAUCUGGACCACGAGCAGGUAGGCAGCGUGGGCCUGGUAGAGAUGCUGCACCGAUCUAACCUGCUGGCCCUGGUAGGCGGUGGGAGCAGCCCCAAGUUCUCUGAGAUCUCCGUGCUCAUCUGGGACGACGCCCAAGAAGGCAAGGACUCCAAGGACAAACUGGUGCUGGAGUUCACCUUUACCAAGCCAGUGCUGGCUGUGCGCAUGCGCUAUGACAAGAUUGUGAUCGUGCUGAGGAACCGCAUCUAUGUGUACUCUUUCCCGGACAGUCCUCGAAAGCUAUUUGAAUUUGAUACUCGGGACAACCCCAAGGGUCUGUGCGACCUCUGCCCAAGCCUGGAGAAGCAACUGCUUGUGUUUCCUGGACACAAGUGUGGAAGUCUGCAACUUGUGGAUCUGGCAAGCACCAAGCCUGGCACUUCCUCAGCUCCAUUCACCAUUAAUGCACAUCAGAGUGAUGUGGCCUGUGUGUCCCUGAACCAGCCCGGCACUGUGGUGGCGUCGGCCUCCCAGAAGGGUACUCUAAUUCGUCUGUUUGACACGCAGUCGAAGGAAAAACUGGUGGAGCUUCGAAGAGGCACGGACCCUGCCACCCUGUAUUGCAUUAACUUCAGCCACGACUCCUCCUUCCUCUGUGCUUCCAGUGACAAGGGCACUGUCCAUAUCUUUGCUCUUAAAGACACCCGUCUCAACCGGCGCUCUGCGCUGGCUCGUGUGGGCAAGGUUGGGCCUAUGAUUGGGCAGUACGUGGAUUCUCAGUGGAGCCUGGCCAGCUUUACCGUGCCUGCCGAGUCAGCAUGCAUCUGUGCCUUUGGUCGGAACACCUCCAAGAAUGUCAACUCUGUAAUUGCCAUCUGCGUAGACGGGACCUUCCACAAAUAUGUCUUCACGCCUGAUGGAAACUGCAACCGAGAGGCUUUUGACGUGUACCUUGACAUCUGUGACGACGAUGACUUUUAAAAGCCCUGGCAGCUACACUAGGAACCUGCAGUAGCAGUGGCCAAUCUGAGUCUUGAGGGUGUUGAAGCAGCCAGCAAGCAUCAAGGAGGCCUUCCACUCUCCACUCAAGCACAGCUGUAUCUAAAGAAACAGCUCGCUUCCCCCAGCACUUUUUUUGUGAGUGUGCUGAAGGCCAAGGACAGAUUGCCUGGGCCACCUAGUCUGGAAAACACAGGGACCCAAAGGGAUUGUCGUAAUCCAACCUGGGGAUUUAAAAAAGGUUACCAGGAGAGAUAGCCUCUGUGAUGUAUAUCAAUAAAAGGCUUUUAAAUGGCA